CCUCCUCUUACCGUGCCCUCUCGUCGGUGUCACCCGCCAGCAUGCCCUUCUCAUCGGUGGUCUUCACCUAGAAGCUGUUCCCGUCACCAUUCCCCCAUUUCAUCCCUAUCUAUCCCAUCCAUCCCAUCAUAUCACUUCACUGUGCUAGCGUUCGUCAGCCAUGUCCGCCCGAUCGCAAGCUUUGACCACGCGUCACAACGAUGCUACUCUGAUGCCCCCGCCCCCGCCCCCGAAACGCAUCAAACGCCCGGCUAGCGUACUCGACGAGGAUGUCUAUACCAAUGCUCUAUCGGAGAUUAUUGCGCGAGACUAUUUCCCGGGUCUUCUCGAGGCACAGGUCAAGCAGGAAUACUUGGAUGCGCUUGAGUCAAAGGAUAAGGAGUGGAUAGCUGGUUCUAAGAAGAAACUGGCCGAGCUCCUGAAGACGUCCGGACGAGCCCGAUCGUCCCGUCCUGGAUCGGCCAAUAAGACUUCGCGAUUCACCAAUGCUGAGCGCUUGGGAGAUACUCCAAUGGGUUGGGGAGGUGACACCCCCACGUCCGUCAUAUCAGCAGUCUCGUCGGCAAUGCCAAACAAGAGUCUCGUCUCGAUCCCGGAUGUAUCCGGUCUGGGACUACUGGAAUUCCAAGCCAAAUACACCAGCGAAGACAACGAGUCUUUCAAUACAGUGCUUGAUAAACAGAAUACCAAGCGUCGUGAGAGGUAUGCUUGGCUCUGGGGCGGGAACAAAAUCCCAACCGCACGGCAGAUAGCGCACCGCCGGCAAGAAGCCAAACGGAUUGAGGCGCAGGGAGGCAACCCAGAUCAAAACAGGCAAGUGGUCAUCAAGACAGAUCUAGAUGCCCGGCCCGCGAACCCCGACACAUGGAAGGCUCGGCCGGAGAAUUCGCUCAUGUUUGCGCCCUCGUCCAUAGAGGAUUCGUAUGAGACUAUUCAGCAGAAGGCGGAAGCAUUGUCACGGGCAGGACCCAAACGGGUUGUAUAUCAAAACACGCGGUUGCCGGACGAGAGUCUCCCCACAUCCUCUGACUAUGGGAGUGCACCUCCACCCUCGCCAUCAAUAUCGGCGAUCAAUGAUGCCAUUGCUGGACGUCCACGCCGAACCGAGUCCGAAGAAGGAUACACAGGAGGCGAGACACCCCGAAUCAACGGGUAUGCUUUUGUAGAUGAAGAUGAGCCCGAAUACUCUCUCACAUCGAAAGACAAUAAUGACCAUGCGACCUCAUCAGAUGACCUCCAUAUCCUUGGGAGCAGCGACGCGACGCCGAACCCGUUCCAGAUCAAGGGUAAUCGGAGACGAGAGGAUCUUCACCAUCGUAUGGUGGACCGUGCGGCACGAACACGACGGGCUGAAAAAGCCGCCCGUGAGACCAAAACUCCCGUGACGCCGCGAUUUGCCAGCAGCCCUCGGCUUGACUUUGGGCUUCACACACCGGGCGCGGUAACACAAGGAGGGAGAGCAAGCAAGACGUUAACACCCGCAGCACAGAAUCUGCUUCGUCAAGUGGGCAGUACUCCUCGACAGGGGUUCACAUCAGCGUCGUUGUCAUCAUCGUCUUAUUUGAGAAACAGCUGGACGCCGACCCCGAAAAGGGGUAAAUAAGAGACAUCCUAUGGCUCACUUCCUUGCGUUGUCGCUGUCUUUUUUGUCAUUUGAAGCGUAUAAUAUGAUAUUUUAGAUACCACGGGUUCACAAUGGCGUUCGACAGGGGAUCGAUGGUGGAGAAGUUUUGGCGUAUCUCUAUGUCUUGGUAGCCGGUUAGCAUUUGUUUUGGCGAUGAUACUAUCUAUUUCUAGAGAAUAUUAAAG